AUGCAUGAGAAAAUUCUCGAUGACGUUGCUCAUCGUCGCUACAACCCUCUCCGCGCGAGCUGGGUGCUCGUCUCUCCCCACAGAACCAAAAGACCGUGGCAAGGACAGCAAGAAAGCCCAAGCCUCCUCAGCCUCGAAUCCUACGAUUCGAAAUGUUACUUGUGUCCCAGCAACACCAGAGCUUCAGGGGAGACUAAUCCCAGCUACAACGAUGUGUUUCUCUUCGUCAAUGACUAUAGUGCCCUCAACGAAGGUCAGGAAGUAAACGGCUUCGAGCACCCGCUUUCAGAAAAAUCUUCGGCUGUCCUACUCAAGGCAGAACCUGUCUCAGGCACAUGCUAUGUCCUGACCUUCAACGCCGAUCACAGCAAAACCCUCGCCGACAUGUCUCCCAGCGAGAUUGUGCCAGUCAUCAAAGCGUGGACUGAGGUCUAUGCGAGGUACAUCGCCCCACAAUCUUCACUGGCCUCAUUGGCAAAGACAGUCCCUCGAUCCCAGAUCAGUUCGAGUAUCAGAACAGCAAGAAUACAACAUAGGUGGAUGCAGAUUUUUGAAAACAAAGGCGCUGCUAUGGGCUGCUCAAACCCCCACCCCCACGGGCAGAUCUGGACAUCAACGACUCUCCCCGAAGAGCCAGCUAUUGAGCUGGAGCAGCUGAAAAGGUACUUUUUGGAGCACGGUAGAAAUAUGCUGACCCACUACGCUCAACUUGAACAACAACAAGGAGAACGGAUUGUGUUCCAGAACGCUACAUUUCUGGUGAUUUGUCCGUGGUGGGGAACGUGGCCUUUCGAAACAAUGAUUGUCCCAAUCCGACAUUUGAGAUCACUGCUGGAUUUGAAGACCCACGAACAGCUUGACCUUGCCGAGGCGAUUGCAGAAAUAACGCGAAGAUACGACAACCUGUUCGAAACAGAUUUCCCAUAUAGCAUGGGCGUGCACCAAGCUCCUCUGGACGGGAGCGAUGAAGACAUUGAAUGCUCCAGCUUCCACAUCCACUUCUACCCUCCCCUUCUGAGAAGUGCAUCAGUGCGGAAGUUUCUUGUGGGGUAUGAAUUGAUGGCCGAACCACAACGCGACAUCACUCCAGAGCAGGCCACGGCUAGAUUGCAGCAGUGCGGCGGAAAAUUGUAUCGACUGAGAAUGAGGGACAAAGCGAGCGACUUGAAAAUCCAGCCUUGA